GAGUCAACAAGAUUUGGCGUGUCAACCAAAACAGCACAUGGGAGUUAUAGAAGCUAUGUGCUGAGUUGCGAAGCCAUCAUCAAUCCAAUCUUGUGUGUUACUAUAAGUAUUUAACAGCAUAGACAUUAGACACAUUCUUCGGUUCUGGCCACCCUCAAGUGUAAAUACAACCUUAGCAUGAAAUUCAACUUUGUGGGACUACGUGUUGGAGUUUGAUUGGUGAACGUGGUGUGCUAAUGCCUUCUUAAGUUUUGCUUUUCUGUCACUUUCCCUCUGUGUUGGUUUGCUCUCAUCACUUUUGUCUGCAUUACACCUGAGCCUCAGAUCUCAUCUCUUAUCCACAAAACCAUGGCUGAAAAGGUGACCAUCAUGAAACUCAAGGUUGAUCUUGAGUGUGAGAAAUGCUACAAGAAGGUUAAGAAACUUCUCGGCAAGUACCCUCAAAUUCGGGACCAGAAGUUCGAUGAGAAGGAAAACAUUGUGUUCAUCACAGUGGUGUGUUGCAGCCCAGAGAAGAUAAGAGACAAGCUUUGCUACAAAGGUGGAGGCUCAAUCAAAAGCAUUGAGAUACUGGAACCGCCCAAGCCCAAGCCCGCCGGGCCCGAGAAGAAGGAGGCCGAGAAACCCAAGGCCGAGCCCGAGAAAAAGAAAGACCCAGAGAAGCCUAAAGCAGACCCUCCCAAAGCCGAAAAGCCCAAGACCGAGCCCGAGAAAAAGAAGGACGGUGGUGGCGAGAAGCCCAAGGAAGAGCCCGAAAAAAAGAAGGACGGUGGGGAGAAGCCUAAGCCCGGGCCCGAGAAGCCCAAGGAUAAGCCAACACCCGCGCCGUUACCUGUGCAGCCACAUAUAGCGGCACCGAUGGCGGUCCCAGUUGGGAUGCUCUAUGCUCCUCCUCCGUGCUACGGAGGCAGGCCCGUUGGGCCUGGCUACGAGUACGGUGGGCCCAUGCUCUGUUACGACGGUUACUAUGCAAGGCCCGUUUACGAUAGUUACAGUGGAGGCAGACCCUGUUAUGGGAACCGUUGUGAUCAAUAUUUCAGCGAAGAGAAUCCACAAGGAUGCACAAUUAUGUGACAAUUACAUCCACGGCGUUGCAUUAUUGUUGGGAUCUGUAAAUGAUGGUGGCCAUUCACAAUUUCUCUCAAUUAUCAUCAUGUUUAAUCACGUUCAAUCCAAUGAGCUAGUAUUUCUCUGUUUUUGUUAUUUAAAAUUCGACGAGAGAAAAAAAAAACAAUGAGGGGGGAAAAGAAAAAUAAGGUUAUUUAAUCAAUGGUUAUAAAUGCUAUACUGCAGUGAUGUUUUUUUUUUUUCGUUCCAUGAGUUAAUAAAAUAAAGUUUCUUUACCAACAA